GCCGCACCCGCGAGCCCGGCACUGCCUGGCCCUCUGCACACCGAGGAGGCCCGCCCUCUGCGCCCGGACGCGCAGAGGGUGUGCGUGGAGCCAGGGGUGUGGCGGAGAGUCCCAGGACCAAGGCAGGUGUCCCUGUUUUGAGUGCACCCUUAAGGGGGCCGCUGAAGUAUUCCUCACCUUAGUUUGGAUCAGGAACUAACAUAUGUGCCAGUAGGUGUCCCUGAGUGAAAGAAACUACAAACCUAGUUUGGUGCUUCCUCGGCUUGUAUUGUCGGUGUUUGGAAGUUUGCCUUAAAAGAGUUGAAGCCCCGCGACUGGCUGCAAAGCCGAAGAUCCCAAGAACACAAGUCUGCAACUGUCAGAGGGAAGGACACACAUUCCUCUUUCACAUCGGGGAGCAGUGAGGAGGCCUUUUCUUUUCUGGCCAUGUCUUCUGUAGGAACUGCUGAGCCAGACGGAGACCAGAGGGACCGACAAGUCAGCAAACUCAUCUUCUUCCUCUUUGUCUUCGGUGCAGUCCUGUUGUGUGUGGGGAUCCUGAUCUCCAUCUUUGGGUACCAGGCAUGCCAAUAUAAGCCUCUCUCACACUGCAGCAUGGUGCUAAAGAUUGCUGGGCCUUCCUGUGCAGUGAUGGGGCUGGGAACUGUGAUUCUAGCCCGGUCCCGGGCACGCCUGCAACUGAGGGAGCGACAGCGGCAGGGCCAUCAGGACCCUGACCAAUCCUUCUUCUGUGGAGAGAGCCGCCAGUUUGCCCAGUGUCUCAUCUUUGGGUUCUUGUUUCUGACCAGUGGCAUGCUCAUUAGCAUACUGGGUAUCUGGGUGCCAGGAUGUGGCUCAGACUGGGCACAGGAACCACUGAACGAGACAAACAGUGGAGAAGGAGAACCCCAGAUCUGCAGCUUCCUUUCUCUGCAGAUCAUGGGGCCCUUGAUUGUGCUCGUAGGAUUGUGUUUCUUUGUGGUGGCCCAUGUUAAGAAGAAAAGCAACCUGAGUUCAAGCCGAGAUACCUCUGAAAUCGAAGGUGGACACACCCACAGUACAGAACCUGUCCACAUCACUGUGGGUGACUCAGUGAUAAUAUUCCCGCCCCCUCCACCACCUUACUUUGCUGAGUCUUCAGCAGCAGCUCCCUCUCCUGGGGCUAACAGCCUGCACCGGAUCGAAAACCCACCUUCCUACUCCAGUCUUUUUAAUCUCAGCAGGACCCCAACUCCUGAGAACCAGGGAGCAGCCUCUGAGAGAGAUCGGGAAGUCAUAUACACCAUUUCUGGGCCAGGUUCAUCCUCCGAGAGUUCACACACUGGGCAUCUUCCGCUGGACCUGCCCCCGAGAUAUGAAGAAAAAGAGACUGCUCCAGCCACACCCUUGGGUGCCCCUUCUGAGUCAUCCCCACCGUGAGCUAUGGACUCAGGCAGAUGAUGGACAGUUUUAUAUAUAUCAUGGAUUGUUUUUUAUUUAAUUUUUUUAAUAAAAAAUACAAUAACA